ACAACAAGCUGUGCUUUUCUCAAAUAUAAAGGUAAAGGUGACUUUCCGAAAAGAAACUACAGUACCCACAAUUCCCUGCGCGACUUCCACUUCCGGGGUGAAUGACCAUCAGCCUGUCAGCCGGAGAGAGGUUUCAGUGUGUGUGGAUGUAGUGUCUGUGGAGCGCCGUGAUGCCCCUGGAGGUCAAAUGGCCGUUCCCUCAGUGCCCUGCUCUGGCCUGGAGGCUCUCCGGCUCGCUGGUCAUGGGCAUGGUGGGCUCCUACUCUUACUUCUGGACCAAGUACAUGAACUACCUGACGGUCCACAAUCAGGAGGUCUUACUGGACCUGAUCGACCAGAGACCCUCGGACACGCCCCUCAUCACUGUGUCCAAUCACCAGUCCUGCAUGGAUGACCCUCACAUCUGGGGUGUUUUAAGACUCAGACAUCUGUGGAACUUCAACAAGAUGCGAUGGACUCCGGCAGCGUCCGACAUCUGUUUCACCAAAGAGCUGCACUCCAGAUUCUUCAGCCGUGGGAAGUGUGUUCCCGUCUGCAGAGGAGACGGUGUUUACCAGAAAGGCAUGGACUUUAUUCUGGACAAGCUCAACAAAGGAGAAUGGGUGCAUAUAUUUCCUGAAGGCAAAGUCAACAUGACAGAAGAGUUCAUACGGUUAAAAUGGGGUGUGGGUCGGUUGAUAGCAGAGUGUUCCCUUAAUCCUGUCAUCCUGCCGCUCUGGCAUGUUGGUUUGAGCGAUGUCCUGCCAAACGUGAAGCCCUACAUUCCUCAGAGUGGCCAGAGAAUCACCAUCCUCGUGGGUAAACCGUUCAGUGUGAAGGACAUCGUCGAAUCUCUGCGAGCUGAAAACAAGAGCCAGAUGGAGAUGAGGAAGACUUUAACUGAUUUCAUCCAGGGGGAGUUUCAGACCCUGAAAGCUCAGGCCGAGGCUCUCCACGGGCAGAUACAGACCAAAUCCUGAGUCCUGGAUGCCCCCCUGCUGCCUGCUACACUCCUCAGAGCCGACACCCUGAUCUGAGGGUCAAACCUUUACAACUGGGAACCCGAUCACUCACUCACAGAGCUUUAACAUUUUCAUUUUGGUACCCUGGCUUCUUGUUCACCAUAACCUCUACACUGAGGUUUUAGCACUUCCUGACUGACCUUUAGAUGUUUCAGGACGCAUGCAUCAUGUUUUGAUUUAAUGCAGAAUCUUCAUCUUUGAUUGCUGACCUAAAAUGAGUUUGUUAAAAGGUUUAUGUACAGGAGCUACUUGAAUUCAAACCAGUAAAUGCAGUGUGCCAUCUCCAGGCUGCCAGUCAGGACAUCAGGUCAGAUAUAGGCGGCUAAUUUCUACUUUUAGACAGACAGAUAUUUCCCCUCUGGUACAUUUCAUCCAGCUCUGACGCUCCUGUAAUUAUCCCCACAUUCGAGGAUUCAACGCCCCGAGAUUUACAUGCUGUGCCAAUGCAAGAAGCUGCAGCCAGGUUCAGAGUAGAGGUGUAGAGGUCAGCGUUUUAUAUAAAAGAAUAGAGUUAGACUAAACUUGUACUUAUCUAGUCAUGCUGGAACUGUAGUUUGUUUGCUAGUUUAAGUUUAGAGAGAGUUAGAGACAUUAGAAUUAGGUGCUUACAUGAAGAGAGCUAUCCAGGCAUUUGCAGAAUCAUCCAGUCUUGACCACUUUUGAAGGAGAACUAAACACAGAGCUGAUGUUUUUGUACUAAAUAUUAGUAUGCAUAUCCAAAAAGUGAUGUAGAUUCAUGAGUCAGAGUAUAAUGAAGACAUUAAAGAGGAAUCUUGCACCGUGGUCCGUGCUGCAUCGUUAAAUUUGACAUUUGAGUAUACGACUGUUAGGAUUGUAAAAUGUUGCUUUUAUUCAGUCCGUGCUGCUUGGGAAUGUUUCAUAACAAUCUGUGAAUCUUAGUUGGGACUCAUUUCUUGAAGUAAAGCUGAACUCUUUGCAGACAAUGUUUUCUGUGGAUCUGAUUUCCUCUCCGUUACAGAUGUAUGAAUAUAACUUAUUAAAUCAAAGAGAUCCAUGGCUUUUAUAAGGGAGGACAGGCCAGGGAUAAGAGAUCUGUGGUGACUUUAUAAAUGUAUUGCCUUAAUGUGAAUGCCACUCUUUCCUACUGUACACUACGUGAAUGCUCAUAAAGUAUUUGACUUUUAUACAUUUUAA